UCUUUCUCAGUCACCCAAAGCCCGUUUUCUCUCUCUACACUCACUUUCUCUCCGUAGAAUGCCCCUCACUCCCUCCUUUUUUUCUCUCUUUUUCUUAUUCUAUUUUCUGGCUAGCCGAACACUUCCUCAAGUCACAAUACUUUAAUUCUGACACGCUUUUGCUUCCCUUAUAAAAUCCUUCUUUCCCCUCUUUGCCUGUCUACUUAAUCUAACAACUGACUACAUUGAACACUAAGGUUGUUUUUGCAAUUUUAAAGGCUCUUGUUUUUUGAAACUGAAGGCUUUUCUAAUGGCAAUGGAGGAUAACAAAGGCAACAAGAAGAGGACACGGGAAGAGUCUGAGGAUUCUGAGUCAGAGGCUAACUCGGUCCCGAAUUUAAAACUCGCUCGAGUCGACUCGGCCAAUACGGGUCCCGACUCCCAGUCGCCCACGGCUACUCACGCGGAACCCGACCCAUAUGCCGGAGACGUUCAGUUGCCGGAGGUAAAUCGUAUUGAGGUGGAUUUGCUCAGCAUAUUGGACGAUUUCUACCCUGUCAUUGGAUCCGACUCAGCGAUUCAGGGACUCGACUCGGUCAUGAAAAGCUUCGAAGAAGAGAUUCUAGUUCCCACUCAGGCGCCGGUACCGGGAACGACAUCGGAUUCUGGUGAGUGCCGGCCGGAACUAGGGUUUCUGUUAGAGGCGUCGGAUGAUGAACUGGGUUUGCCGCCGAGUUUUUGGUCCGUUGAGGGGGAGCAGAAAUUUGGGACGGUUGAUGUAGUGGAAGGUGCAGGGUCAGGAGCCGUUGGAUUUGUGGAAAUGAUGGGAGAUGAGCUUCCGAUUCCGAGUUGCGAAUCGUUCGAGUUCAGAUUCGGCGGAGAUUCGGAUGCCAACAUUAACUAUAGUGAUAGCGGUGAUUUUGUGGCAUUCGGAGGCUUGUUCGAACCGGCUGCGGAUAUUUCGGAGCGGACGUGGCGUCCUGAUUCGCUAUCCGCAUUGUAGAAAUAAACAAAAGAAACAAUGGAAACGCUUCGGCGCCGUUUCAAAUGGUUGACAUGGACAUAUUACCGUUUUUUAAUGGUAGAGAUUUUUUUAGGGCUGUAAAUUUAGGGUAAUUAUUAAAAUGAGAAGUAAAGGAAAAAGAAAAAAAAAGGGGAGAAGAAAAAGAUGUGAAAAUUUGAGAAUGCAACAAAUAGCAGCAGUUAUGCUUUAACAAAAUUUCAAGCAAUUUGCUGGAUAUUCAUUUUAA